UUGUAUAAAUUUUUUAAUUAAGAUGAAUGAUUAAACAUGUGUUAAAAGAUCAACGGUAUUUUCUAUUAAAAAAUAAAGUAAAUAUAAAAUAUGACACAUCCUACUACUACUACAGCGAAAUUGACGGUACGAAGGGAUCAUAUAACUAGAAAUGUAAAAUUGUUCAUCGCCAUUUCUUGCAUUUUCUCCAUCAAUAAUGGCGGGACGACGACGACGCCCAUUCGCUGCUCCGGUCAUCAACUAUCUCCUCCUAGCCCUGUGGCUCGCCGCGUCGUCGUCGUUCGCCGUCGCCGUCGCCGUCGCCGGCCAUGGCCGCGGUCGCCGCAGCCAUGUGUCGUCGAUCGUGACGGAGGAGAUGUACAACAAGUCGCUGUUCAUCCACAAGGACGACGCCGCCUGCCCGGCGAGGAACUUCUACACCUACGCCGCCUUCCUCCGCGCCGCCGACCAGUACCCGAGCUUCGGCGGCGCCGGCGGCCGCGACACGCGCCGGCGGGAGGUCGCCGCCUUCCUCGCGCAGGUCUCCCACGAGACCACCGGCGGCUGGGCCACCGCCCCCGAUGGGCCCUACACCUGGGGCCUCUGCUUCAAGGAGGAGCUCAAGCCGGCGAGCAACUACUGCGACGCCGCCGUCGCCGCGCGGUGGCCGUGCUUCCCCGGCAAGUCGUACCAUGGCCGCGGCCCCAUCCAGCUGUCGUGGAACUUCAACUACGGGCCGGCCGGCGAGGCGGUGGGGUUCGACGGGCUCCGGGAGCCGGAGGUGGUCGCCGGCGACGCCGUGGUGGCGUUCAAGACGGCGCUGUGGUUCUGGAUGACGCCGCGGCCGCCGUCGAAGCCGUACUCGUGCCACGACGUGAUGACGGGGAGGUACCGGCCGUCGAGGGCCGACGCGGCGGCGAACCGGACGGCGGCCGGGUUCGGGCUGACGACGAACAUCAUCAAUGGCGGACUCGAGUGCAACAACCGCACCGGCGGCGAUCCCCGGGUGGAGGACCGGAUCGGAUUCUUCCGGCGAUACUGCGGCGCGCUCGGCGUCGAUGUCGGUGACAACCUCGACUGCGCACACCAGUUGCCCUACUCAUAAUCGCGAUUUGUUCAUUGCUACUAUUACGACAUCCUUUUUUUUUGUUUUACUUCUUGAUGAUGUUUAAUUAGUUUACUUGAUUAUGUUUCUUUCAAUAAUGCAAAUCAAAAGUUCCAAUAAUGAAAAAAUUGGUUAAUAGGAUCGACAAGUUUGCUUGAAAGAAUGUGUUGUAGUGUAUACUUCUCGUCUGUUCUAAAUUACUCUUCAUUCACCGUUCAAAAAAAAUUACUCUUCAUUCUACCUUUGUCUUAUGAAUUUGAUACUCCCUCCGUUCUUACCUACCCCAAGACAAAUAAAGUUUUCUUUACUUCUUGAUGAUGUUUAGUUAGUUUACUUGAUAUUAUGUCUCUUCCAAUAAUUCUAAAUUAAGUUUCAAUAAUGAAAAUGUUGGUUAACAGGGUCGACACAUUAGCUUGAAAGAAUGUGAUGCGCGUGUAUAUACUUUCACUGUUUUAAAUUACUUAUUCGUUCUAACUUUAUUUUAAUUUGUCAAACUCCAUCGAUGACCAUCAAUUUUUAAAAAUCGUACUUCACCUCACGCUCUGUCCAUAGCGUAGUGCGUGGUUUACUGACACGGCAAGGCAAUUGAAUGCAAACAUUUCACUCUCUUCAUAUCAAGAGUGAUUUGGACAACAACAUUUUGCAAACACACGAAAUUCAAUUUAAUCGCAACUUAGCAAGAAUACACAAUAGCCGGUCCGACCCAACAUAAAUUUACCGAAGAAAUUUCAGCUAAAUCAGACACAAGAGACAUCUUGUACCAGUAGUGCAGCUCUGAAAGUCUGAAACUACUGCAUCUGAAGCGUCGGCCCUUUCAAUAAACCUGAAGAAAAGCUAACCUGGGCCGUCAACCUCAACCCCCCGUGAGGAGAAUUUCGGCCCAUCCAAAGAAGGGGCCCACGGGAAGAGAAAAAUAUGGCAGCCCAUAAAAGUCCAUGUAAGCGAGAGGGCCCACUUGAAUUCUGCCUCAAUCACUCUGAAGAUAAUCACGUUCCAACAAACCUGAUAUUAUUUGGCUAUUUUAGUGACGCGAACCAAAUCCCAAAAAGAAAAACAAAAGGUUUUUUCAAUGGAUAAAGGGGAAAAAA